AUGACUGAUGAUCCCACAGAAAAAAAAUUCAGAGCAUGGUUUGAGAAAACAGAUCUCACUAAGAAAGGUAAAAUAGAUCGAGACACAUUAGCCCGGGCUUUUCGAGAGAAAGAGCAUCCACUUUUCAAAUCCAAUGAUCAUAUCGAUCAGCUAUUUCAAAAAAUAGAUCAUAAACAUGAUGAUUUGAUCGACUAUAAUGAGUUCAAGUCUUACUUUCAGAAGGCCGAAGGAGAAAUCAAGCAUGCAUUUGACAAUAUUGAUAAAAACCAUGAUGGUUACUUGACCAAGACAGAUCUAAGAAGUUAUUUGGAAGACAAUCUAAAUAUUAAGGCCACUGACGAAGAUUUCGAAGAUUUCUAUAAAAAUGUUGACCAAGAUCAUGACGGGCUAAUUAGGUAUGAUGAGUGGAGAAACUUACUUUUGCUUGUCCCUCGAAAUCAAGGGUCGCGUUUGAAAACCGCAUUUAGAUACUUCAACGAGGAUGUGGAUUUGUCUUCUGACGGUGAUAUGACUAUCAUCAAUGAUUAUCUCAAAGGGGUCGGUUAUUUCAUUUCAGGCGGUGUGGCAGGUGUAGUCAGUAGAACAUGUACUGCUCCUUUUGAUCGGAUAAAGGUAUUUUUAAUCGCCAGAACUGAUUUGUCAUCGACACUUUUAACGAAAAAGAGGGAAAUCUCGAAGAGGAAUGCAAAUCAUCCACCUUUAAACAAGAUUAAAUCACCUUUGAUCAAAGCAGCACAAUCAUUGUAUAAACAAGGAGGGCUAAAGUCAUUUUACGUUGGCAAUGGUUUGAAUUGCCUCAAAGUAUUUCCAGAAGCUGCGAUGAAAUUCGGUUCUUUUGAAAUUGGUAAAAAUAUCUUCAUGAAGAUCGAAGGAAAAUCUUCAACCAAUGACUUAUCAAGAUUCUCCACUUACUUGGCUGGUGGGUUUGCCGGGAUGUUUUCACAAUUCACAGUUUAUCCAGUUGAUACCUUAAAAUAUAGAAUCCAAUGUGCUCCUCUACGCGAGAAUAGACAAGGAAUAAUCUGGAGAACCGCCAAAGAAAUGUAUAAGGAAGGGGGAUUGCGUUUAUUUUAUAGGGGCAUUUUCGUUGGGGUAACUGGUAUUUUCCCCUACGCUGCUAUUGAUUUGGGUACAUUUACUACUCUUAAGCAAAUAAUGAUCAGAAGGAAAGCCAAUAGAGAGGGAAAACGCGAAGAUGAUGUGAAAUUGAGCAAUUUUGUCGUCUUGCCAUUGGGGGCGUUUUCUGGUACUGUUGGUGCUUGUGUAGUUUAUCCAAUCAAUUUAUUGAGAACUAGACUACAAGCUCAAGGAACCUUUGCUCAUCCUUAUAGGUACACUGGAAUAAAGGAUGUUUUCAAGCAAACAAUUCAAAGAGAAGGGUACCCUGGGCUCUACAAAGGCUUACUGCCAAAUUUGGCCAAGGUUAUCCCUGCCGUUAGUAUCACUUAUUUGGUGGUGGAAAAUAUGAAGCGUGCAUUAAAUUUAGAAUGA